CCGGGUGGGGGGCGCGUCCCUCUGGUCGGGUGGGGGUGGACCGGGUCUUCCUGACUGUCGAGGGAAAGCCGGUCGGGCGGGGCGGGAGGACAAGGGGCAAGCUGCAGAGACUGGGGAGGUCAGAGGUCAGCCUAGGUGUCUGGGGACCUCGGUUGUUAGGCGGGGUUUGCGCGUCGGUAGGUCUCUGGGGAGGUCAGGGUUUAGGAGGAGCGGGGCUGAGCAUUGGGGAUCGGGGUUGGGCAGCAUUCUGGGGGCACGGGGUUUCCUGGGAAGGUCAGCGUUCAGGGGGCACCGUGGUCCUGGGGGAAGACAGCCUUCAGCGGGGGUUCGGAGUGAGACACACUUCUGCAGGCUCAGGGCUCGGGGGUCACGGGGAAGGUCAACGUUCAUAGCACCGGGGUCCCCGGGUAGGUCAGCUUUCGGGGAGCGUGGGGUCCCCAGGUAAAGCGGAGUUAAGGAGGCGCAGGGCUUGGGGGAUCCCAGAGGAGUCAGCGUUCAAGGGGCACGUGUAUCGGGAGAAGUCAGUUUUCAGGGCCCAGGUGGGACCCAUGUGGCAUCUGCGGGCUGCAACCGGGGCCCUGCGGAGCGCCUGCGAAGCGUGGACCCCGUGCCCCAGACGGCACCACUUCUGGGGUCCCCGCAUGGCCGGGACUGCCCCCACCCCUACUCCUGCCCCUACGGGUGGGCCACCAGAGCAGGCUCGCAAGGCCCGGAGCUGGCCUGGGGCCCGGACCUGGGAGGAGACGGAGCAGGUGGCCAAGAAGCUCAAGAGUGAAGGGGAACAGCACCCCAAGCUGCCCAAGCGCAAGGUGGUGCUGCUCAUGGCCUACUCUGGCAAGGGCUACCACGGCAUGCAGAGGAAUAUAGGGUCCUCGCAAUUCAAGACCAUCGAAGAUGACUUGGUGUCAGCCCUUGUGCGGGCAGGCUGCAUCCCUGAGAACCACGGUGUGGACAUGAGGAAGAUGUCCUUCCAGCGGUGUGCUCGUACGGACAAGGGGGUAUCUGCGGCUGGCCAGGUGGUGUCCCUGAAGGUGUGGCUGGUAGAGGACAUCUUAGAAAAGAUCAACAGCCACCUCCCAUCUCAUAUCCGGAUUCUAGGGCUGAGGAGGGUCACAGGCGGGUUUAACUCCAAGAACAAGUGCGAUGCCAGGACCUACUUCUACAUGCUGCCCACCUUUGCCUUCGCCCACAAGGACCAUGAUGUGCAGGACGAGUCCUACCGGCUGAGUGCUGAGACACUGCGGCAGGUGAACCGACUGCUGGCCUGCUACAAGGGCACCCACAACUUCCACAACUUUACCUCACAGAAGGGGCCCCGUGAGCCCAGUGCCCGGCGCUACAUCCUGGACAUGUUCUGUGAGGAGCCCUUCGUGCGGGAGGGCCUGGAGUUUGCGGUAAUCAAGGUGAAAGGGCAGAGCUUCAUGACGCACCAGAUCCGGAAGAUGGUGGGUCUGCUGGUGGCCAUUGUCAAGGGCUAUGCACCCGAGAGCGCACUGGAGCGCAGCUGGGGCGAGGCCAAGGUGGAUGUGCCCAAAGCGCCAGGGCUGGGCCUGGUGCUGGAGAGGGUGCACUUCGAGAAGUACAACCAGCGCUUUGGCAAUGACGGGCUGCACGAGCCACUAGACUGGGCACAGGAGGAGGCGGGUGCGGCCGCCUUCAAGGAGCAGCACAUCUAUCCCACCAUCGUGAGCACUGAGCGCCAGGAGCGCCUCAUGGCCCGCUGGCUCAGCACCCUGCCCUCACAUGACUUCAGUGCCACCGCCCUGGCGGCAGCUGACUCCAACCGGGGGGCUCAGCAGGCCCCCGAGCUCCCAGAAGGCAGUGAAGGGGACGGAGACAGUGACUGAGGGUGGUGCCCCUGCUGCUGUGGGCACAGCCUUGCCAUGAUGGGAGACCCAAGACUUUGAGAUGUGUCACAAGGACAGCCUGCCACGAAUCCGAUCCUGGCUCACAUGUGACGUGCUUACAGCUCAACCUGUCAAGUCACUAUUUUUUUUUUUUAAAGAAACCGUUUUCUUACUGAAUAAAAGUCAU